AUGAAAGGUUUGCUCUCAUUAAAUCGUUCCGUUCUUCAUUCCGUCAAAGGUUUUAAGAAUGUACCAAUCAGAGGUUCUUCAUCAUUGAAACAUUUAUUUACUACUCCGUCAUCAUCAUUACAUGUCUCAUCAUCAUCAUUAAAUUUAUUUAUGAUGAAUAAUAACCUAAAGCCUUGCAAUUAUACAACAAGUCUUAUUGUUAAUAAUAAUAAUAAUGAAUCAUCAACAAGUAAACCUUUAAAUCAAUUAGAACAAUCCAUGUUACAAGGAAUUACUUCUAUUAUUCAAGCUAAUAAUGAAUCUUUUUCAUCAGGUGAUUAUAUUACUAUUCAAAAAAGAUAUGAACAGUAUGUUAUUAUUAUUAUUAUUUAA